CGUACAUAUACAGUGAAUUGUCAGAGACUGGUGGUGAUGUAAGGUGAUCUUAUUUAGAGUGUAUAGACGCUUGAGGACCAUGCAUGUAAUGCAACACUUCUCAGUGGAUAUCAAAGGGAAUUUGGCGUAUCAUUGGCUUAUUUAUGGAGCUUGUUUUCAAUGUGUUUUUUGCUCUAAAGAUCCUUCUUAUCCCAGAUUAACGCUGAGACAAGAUGAUGCUGGACUAUUAUAUGACAGAAAUUAUAGCCAUACAGUCUUGUUUCAUCAAGAAGGAUCAAAGAGUCUAUUGGUCGGAGGAGCAAAUGUAAUUCUUCAAGUUGAUGUUGAUAGUGGUCGGAUUUUGGAGAACUUUACCCUGAAUCCAGACUUACCAAAGUCAUGUGGUGGGAGCUCUUGUGAAAAUGUGGUGACAGUUAUUGAAAGAUUUCAAGAUUUUACGUUUGUAUGUGGGACAAAUGGAGAAGAUCCAAAGUGUUGGAAACUGUAUCCCAGAGAAAGCAAUCUUUCUAAUGAGGUUAUAGAAGGCACGGGGAUCUCACCUCACACAUAUACACAAAAUUCCUUAUCCCUGAUGGCAGAUGGAGACCUUUAUGCAGCAGCUCCUCUAUACAGUGAUGGAACCCUGCUACAGUUUCGUAGAAAAGCUGGCAAUCGAAAUAGUUUAUGGAUGUAUGAUCAAUGGGUCUCAGAACCCACUUUUAUCUCCAGCUUUCUGGCCAAGCGCACAGAUGACCCUGUGAAUGAGAAGAUUUAUGUUUUAUUUCGUGAGAAAAACUCUGACACCAAUCCAGAGGCAGAUCCUUGGAUAUCAAGGGUGGCUCGAGUGUGUAAGGUUGAUGAGGGGGGUUCGAAGCAGUUACUCCAAAACAUCUGGACCUCCUUCCUCAAGGCACGGCUUGUUUGUGGGAUUCCUAGUGAGUCGCUGUACUUCAAUCGCCUGCAGGACGUUUUUGUCCAACAUGCCAAAGAUUGGCGUGACUCUAGAGUUUAUGCACUCUUCUCGAGCAGCUGGAACUCAACGGCUGUUUGCAUGUACUCUUUGGCAGAGCUUGAUGCUGUGUUUGAGAAUUCUACCUUUAGAGGUUAUAAUGAUGCAGUUCCCAGCCCCAGACCGGGAAUGUGUGUGAAAAAUAGCCAGUCCAUUCCCAGUCCUACCCUCAAUAUAAUUAAAGACUAUCCAGAGAUGAAGGACUGGAUUCAACCUAUUCACAAGGACACGCCCUUCUUCACAAGUAAUAAUAACUAUACAAAGAUAUCUGUUGACAGAGUCCAAGCUUCAGAUGAAAGCAUGCACAAUGUGCUGCUGUUGGCCACAGACAAUGGCAUGAUCCUUAAAAUCUUAGAAGACGAGUCUAAAGCAUUCAUCAUCUCUGAGACCCAUCUAUGCAAUGGCUCAGCUCCAAUACAGUCAAUGAAACUAGACUCUAAAAAGAGGAAAUUGUUUGUAGGAUAUCCCGGCCAGAUGUCGAUCUUUGAUCUGCAGAGAUGUCUGGACUACAAUGCUUCCUGUGAGGCUUGUGUCCUUUCCCGGGAUCCAUUCUGUGCUUGGACUGAACAUGGCUGCACGGCACAAACAAAAGGAGGAUUACAAAAUAUUGCUAAUGGAACAACAUAUGUGUGUCAACAAAAAUCAGUGGGAAGAUCCAAAAGAGACCUGCAGCAGUCAACAACAGUUCCAUUAAGAAUGCAACAUACUGUGCCCACCAAUGUUCCAUUCUACCUCUCUUGUCCUGUCGAUUCCCAUCAUGCCACUUACAGGUGGGUACAUGGGGAUCAGAGCAGCCCAUGCCAGCAAACCCAAUCUGAAUGCCUCCUCCUCAUCCCAGCCAUGACUGACGACAAAUAUGGCAAUUACAAAUGUAUAUCCCAUGAACGCGAUUACACCAAAACUGUGAAGGAAUAUGACCUCCUCCCUAAGGCUGUUUUUAAUGCUGCUUUCAACCACAGAGCACAGGAAUGUUUAAUGGCCGUAUUUUUCACUAUUGCCCUUUACCAGCUCUUGUGUUAAGGCCAAGGUAAUUACAGUUUAUAAAUGUCAGCGCUCCCUUACUCUAGCAUUUCUGAUUGUGUGUAAGCUGAUUAAAGCUAUUGGCCAUGCAUUGCUAAGCGUAAGCGGUUGUCGUUAGGGAAGAGAAUGGUGUUGGUGUGAAAUGUAUAGGUUAGUAAAACAAUAGUAAGUCACUGAUGUUAGAAAUUGUUUGUCUCUGCCUGCCCAUACUAGCAGAAGACUUUAAGAAUUUCAUGCUUGCUAUCUGUUGAGUAUGACAGUUAUGCUACAGUGAGGUCCAAAAGUCUGAGGCCACAUAGAAAAUGUGGGAUUUUGUUUUAUUUGGAUCUGGAACCAAAACGGUUUUGAAAAAUGUAAAAAUAAAUAAAUAAAUAAAAACGUAAAAAAAACCUAGAUAGGGACUGUUUGUCUAGACAAACUUUAAUGUUGGCUUGACAAAGCUUUGUCUGAAAGUUUGAUAGUUAUACAAUCUGUGUCCCAAACGAUAUUAUACACUAUGCACGUACAAAAUAUACUAUGCACUCAGUCAUGUAGUGAAUGAAUUUUCGAAGUGUAGUAUCCUCCCAAAUGUAACACUUAAUACAUGGAAGCAUUCACCGUUUAACAGCUGACGGAAGUUGCGUUUUAAGCGCACGUGAUUAUUGCGCGUUAGCCAUCCUCAGUUCAACACUUGUAUCUCAAACCACAUACAUAUUCACCUAGCUUAGGUGAUGGUAAACCAUCAACUCAGAUUUGUAAGGUGCUGUAUCCACUGAAGUUUGGCUAGCUGCUACAUUCGUCAUCGUUUACAACUGUUUUGUCAGACCAGCAGUGCAGCCAUGUAACUCCGCCCCUUCCACUAUGUACAGCAAGCACUGGGUUGAGAGAACGAAGUGUCCAACAUUCUACACUCCGUUUUGACAGUUGAAAAAGUCAUCAGGGUACUUAAAGUACUGUACAUUUCUUUCUGCUGCAUUUUCAGUGUUAACAUAAGGUACGUCCCAAACCACACACUUCUGCACUAUUUUACACCAUUUUGUAGUGUAAGUAGUGCGAGUAGUGUGUUCACACUGAAAAUGCAACAAAAAGAAGUAUAAUACGAGUACCCGGAUGAUGCACUUUUCAACUGUCAAGUGUGGAAUGUUGGACACUUCAUGCACUCAGCGAUCACAGUUGCCCUACAUAGCGGAAGGGAUGGGGCUAACUAGCUGCGGUACUGGCCUGACAAAAAUAAACAUGAUGGCAGACGGAGCUGUACCCGAAAACACCUUACAAAUGUGGGUUCAAUGCUUAACCACCAUUCCAACUGUUUGAUUUAUGUUUCAGUAUUUGUAAAUUUCAUGAUAUGAAGGUUGAUUGUUCUUAUUACACCUAAUAGCAGGGCUUCCAAAUUUGCUUAGUUACCCAGCUUGUAUCUUGCAGGCUAAUUGCUAGCGAGCUUCAAGCGCUUCACAUAUCAGUUUCUUCUAUUACAAUGCCCAUGUUUAGUUGCCUGUUUUUGCACUUCUCAUUUCUUAAAAAUCUAUAUUAAUAUAGAGUUCCCUUACGACUCAGUACACUUGACAUUGCGUAGCUACGCAUAUGGGGCAUGCCUUCUUACACGACCUAGUUGAAACCUCUCUAUAACAAUGCCAAUAUUCUAAUAUUGGCUAUGGUGUUUGAGCCCCACCUGUUUUGGCGCGAAACUGUCCGCUAUAAAAACAAGUGCACAAACACCAUUUCCUCCGAAUUUCUUCCUUCAAGACAGCAAACAUCUCUUGUCUAGAAGCCCACUACCCUUCGCCAUCGAUAUACAUGAGUCAAUGGGCGGAGUCUUCGCAGGAAGACUUUCCGCUCCCCUGCAGUGUUCUGGCGAAUAUCACACCGCCUCGCUGCUUGACGCUUUGCUGGUGAACGGGCCUCAGUAUCUUGAUUCCCCGCAGAGCUUCGGCAGGAUUUGUGUAUCCUUACAAAGCAAUUGUAUAUUGUGUAUUGUAUAUUGUGUGAUAUAUAUAUAAAUAUAUAUUAAUUUAUAUAUUUAUAUAUAUAAAAUAGUCACUUACGUGUUCGCGUCUUUUUAAAGAUGUCGUCCCGUAAGUGUUCAUUGUACAAGAGACACAUCCCGCCAUCAGAUCAGCAUGAGAGCUGCAUUUACUGUCUGGGCCGCGCCCACACAGAGACAGCUCUCAUGGAGAUAGACUCCUCAGUGUGAGGACAUGAAUCUCAAGACACUUCGCUUGUGAAUCACCCUCAUUCUGAGGGAUGAUUCAACCUCACGUGCCCUCCCACCCGCCUCUUCUGUGAUACCCAAGGAUUCACACGAGGAGGCACGGCGGGGCCGCGAGGUCGAGCAGGAUGACUGAGGUGAUCCUUGUGGCGGCACACGCCCCACGAGCCCCUCAGUCUCUACGAAGCACGUUUUCCAAUAUGCUAUGUGCGAGACGAGCUCCAGCCUUCUGAAAGAGCGGGCGGCCUCGUCUCGUGCAGUGGUUCUGAUGCUGGGGAUAAUAAUGACGAUGUCAUGUCUAUUGCUGCAUCAGGUGAGUGGUCAGUGGAUGAUGCUGCCGCCCCUUCCCCCAGUGAGGGAGAGGAACGUGCACGCGCCACUGACAGGGACAUGCUCUGCAUCCUUACAAGGGCGGUCGAAGAGCUUCACCUUUAGCGGUCUCCCCCAGAUGAACCUGAACAGUCUCGCCUCGAUGAAUAAUUCCUGCAGCCCAGAUGCUGUCAAACAGCAGCGUCCCACAAAUCUGCCCAAUUAUUCCCCAAAGUUCAUAACCAACUGUUUAAGUCCUGGAGCCCGCCCUUCUCGGCACGCUCGCGCAGUGACGCCAUCCUCUUUAAUGUGAAUAAUGGGGAAGAAAACGAUUAUGCCCAAUUACCCCCUGUGGAGGAGGCGGUAGAGGCACACCUCUGCCCAGCGAGUAACACACAUCUUCAAGUACGCAUCUUGAACUACCUUGACGAUUGGCUGUUACUGGUGCAAUCAGAGCCUUUGUUAUGCCAGCACAGAGGCUUACUGCUUCAGCCAUUAUACAGUGUCUGUCUCAGUUCAAACUGGGGAGAACACUUCCACUGAAGCUGUUUCAGAAAGUAUUGGGAUUAUGGUGGCGGCAUCCGUCAUUUCAUUAGGUCUCUUACACAUGAGACUUCUUCAGUGCUGGCUGAAGCACCUUGUGCCACGACGUGCUUGGCGCAAAGGGCGCAUGCGCAUCACUAUAUCCCGCCGAUGUAUACCUGCUAUAGCACCAUGGACAGCUCCUGCGUUUUACCAGCGAGGUGUCGCACUGGGGCCAGUUGUCACGCGGCGCCAAAGGCUAUCGGCUGUAUUUCUAUCCUUAAAGGCUUUUCAGUCAGAAACAGCAAACUGUCAUGUCCUGGUUCGCUCAGACAAUAUGACAGUUGUGGCAUAUAUAAACCGCCAAGGCAUAAUUCAGGAGACUUCUUCCUCAAACUGUAUUGAGGAUUUGGGAAAUAUUUGGCAAAGCAAAAUUCGAUCUAUUUGCCUCAGUGGAGAAUACCCACUGUCCCCUCUGGUACUCGAAGUCCCAAGUUGUCAGGCGGAAAGUGGUGACCACGGAUGCUUCCAACACAGGUUUGGGGCGCAGUGUGCAAUGGACAACCGACUUUCGGCACCUGGACAGGUGCGAGGAGGGCGAGGCACAUCAACCGCCUAGAGCUAUCGGCUGUAAUUCUAGCCUUAAAGGCUUUUCAGUCUCUCAGGCGCAAGGCACAAUCUGGCAUCCCCAGCCCCAGAUGUGGAACCUGCAUGUGUGGCCCCUGAGCGGAUGUACUACACGUACCAGAACUGACAUGUUCAGUCAUGUACACAAUUUUACAGGCCAGAGCACCGUCCACGAGACGCCUCUACGCACUAAAAUGGAAGGUGUUCACUGAUUGGUGUCUCUUACAUGGCAAGGACCCAGUAAACUGCCCCAUACAUGAAAUUCUAAUAUUUCUUCAAGAGCGAUUAGGAGCAGGACUCACCCCAUCAAUGCUGAAAGUGUAUGUGACAACUAUAUCUGCAUAUCAUGCACAUGAAGCCGGCGCUUCUAUAGGCAAGCAUAAUUUAAUCAUAAAGUUCCUUAAAGGAGCAAGACAAUUAAUCCCACCUCAGCCGGCUACAGUCCCGACUUGGGACUUAACUUUAGUCCUAAAAGCUCUCGCAGGGCCCCCUUCAAGCCUUUGGACUCAAAUUGCCUUUGAAUUGCGCAUGCUCUCCGUUAAAACUGCACUACUGCUGGCUCUGGCCUCAGUAAAACGGGUAGAUGCCCUGCAUGCACUAUCAGUCGACAGUUCAUGUCUAGAGUUUGGCCCCAGUCUUUCAAGAGCCACUGUCAAACCCAGGAAAGGCUAUGUACCCAAGGUCUUAACCACGCCCUUCAAAGCGCAGGUGGUUCACCUUCAGGCCUUUUUCCCUCCUCCAUUUAAUUUGGAUAAGGAACAAUCAUUGCAUAUGUUAUGCCUUGUGCGGUCACUACAUGCAUACGUUGAGCAUACUUGCCAGUUCAGACUGUCUGAUCAGCUCUUUAUAUGCUAUGGAGGAUGCACAAAAGGAAUGUCCAUCUCCAAGCAAAGGCUCUCUCACUGGAUUGUUGAUGCAAUUACCCUGGCUUAUGAGUCGCAAGGUAAGACUUGCCCAAUUGGUGUUAAAGCACACUCAACUAGAGGCAUGGCCUCCUCAUGGACAUAGACGAAUUGUGUGUCCUUACAAGACAUAUGUUUUGCAGCAGAAUGAUCCUCUCAAAACACAUUCGCAAGAUUUUACAACCUAGACGUAACGUCUCUUUUUCACAAGUCCUCUCUGUUUAGAGCACUUGUUAUUCAUUGGCCAAACAUAUAAAUACUUAUGCCCUUCCCUUUAAGUAUGGGCUCCCCAUCAUUUGCACAACCGCCUGCAUUCAGGCUGUUAUAAUUUACCAUAAAGUCACAAGCACUUUCAUUAUAAAUAAACUCUCUUCCUGACUGGGUUCAUCAGGAGUUAAUUCAUACUAUAUGACUAUAGUUCAUAUAUUUGUAAUGAGUGCUCUCCUCCUGACCAACACAAGGAUCACUCACUGUGGCAUACUCAUGUCGGUCGCCGUCCCACAAGACUGCAGCGCCAUGUUUCCUCUCUGGGAAGUUAUGUCAUGUUGUGCAGCAUGAUGGGAUUCUGUUCCCCAUAUGCAUAGCUAUGCAAUUUCAUGUGUACAGAGUCGGAAGGGAAAGUCUCGGUUACUUCUUGGUUCCCUGAGACGAAGGAAAUGAGACAUUGUAAACGCUAGCCACACUACAAGACUCAGUCAGAAAUUCUGAGGAAAUGGUGUUUGUGCACCUGUUUUUAUAGCGGACAGUUCCAAACCAAAACAGACUGGGCUCAAACACCAUAACUAAUAUUAGACUAUUGGUGUUAUUGUAGAGAGGUUUCAACAAGGUCGUGUUAGAAGGCACUCCCCAUAUGCUACGCAUUGUCUAGUUCCCUUUGUCUCAGGGAACCGAGGUUACGUAUGUAACCGAGAUGUUUUCUAAACUUCAUUUUGUUAGGGACUAGAGAAUACCAACAACCUUUUUUGUAGGGAGCUGCCAACAAAGCCUUGUUCACGGGCCACCGAAAUGCUGCGACCAAAGACUACGAGUACGUUACAUAAUGCAUGAAAUGUUAUACCACAUAAAAUCAUACCUAAUGCACUGUAUGUUGUGUUUUGAAAGGGUGUUUAUCUCCCAAUAUGGCCUGGGCAGCAACAUCAGCCUGGCCUGGGUAAAAAAAAAAGAAGGUAUAAUAUGAAACAGAAGUUAAAUAUUUGAAUGCGUAAUGAUUUUAUUAGUGCCUUUUACUUUGAAAUCAGUAUAGUCCUAGUUCAGUAUAUUGUACUUAUAAUACCACACUUUGAAAAUGUGUACACUAUAUGGCAGAGUGCAUAGUAUAUAGUGAAAGUGCAUAGUGUAUAGUACGUUAUUUGGGACACAGCUACUGCACUACUUACCCUACUAAAUGGCGUAGAAUAGAGCAGAAGUGUGCGGUUUGGGAUGCACCUACAGAAAUUACAGUAAGACAAACAGCUAGCUAGUCAGAUAGACCAUCUGGUAAACUGUCAGAGAGAUAUAUAUAUGAGAGAAAGCAACUUAAAGCAGAUCAAAGACCUUUUGUGCAUUUGUUUACAUUUUUGACAGUUGGAGUUUGAAUUAAUGAGCAUUCCGUUGGCCCAUCUGAACAUUCCGUCUGUGUAAGUCAAUGUGAUUUUUCCCAUUUUUGAUCAUCUGCUGUGCAAAAACCUUAAGUAUGAUCGGUUCGAAAAGACACAGCACAAAAAAAAAAAAAAAAAAAAAAAAAACUAAAAGCUGGUAGAAUAGCCAGCUUUGUUAAGCCAACAUAAAAAAGUUGUGAUGUGAAACAAUGAAGCAAUACUUAUGAUCUUACACUAUUUUUAGGUCACUAAUCAAGUGUAAGCAAAUUUGUGACACUGAUCAUGUUAACUGAUAUUGUAAAUUAGUAUUUGUAUUAAAAUAGAAAAAUGCAAAAUAAUAGCAUUUUCGCUACUUUCAUUGUGUUGACACUAAAGCACUUUAAAUGGCACUGGAUGUUAAGAGCAUCAAAUAAAUGCCUUCAAUAUAAAUAUAAAAAAAUCUUGUUAUAAAGUGAAACAUAUGGAAUGCAUAAGGGAUGAUGUUGUGAAAAGAAACACUGGGUGUUGCCACAUCCAUGAACUCUCAAAUGAAAUAUGGGGUGCCAUUAGGUCUGGGUGUAACAGAGCAGAAAGUACCUGGGUGUGGUCAGCAGUAAAAACAGUUGAAACAUUUCUAGAUUGUACAGCUCUGAUUCCAAAAGUUGGGACAAUAUGAAAAAUGCUAAUAAAAGCAAAAAGCAGUGAUUUGUAAAUAAUAUUUACCCUUUGCUAUUUAAAACGCACUACAACAAAACAUUAUAUGAUGUUUUACCUUGUGAAUGUUUUUUUUUUUUUCUUUUUUCUUUUUUUUAAUGUACAUUAAUUCCAAAUCAGAUGAUUGCAACAUGCUCCAAAAAUGUUGGGACGGGGCAAUUUUAGACUAAUAACAAUUUGACAAGUUAAAAUAACAAGGCAAUGUGAAACAGGAGAUGCUAAACAGGUGAGGCAAUCGUGUCAUUGUAUAUAGGGAGCCUCCAAAAACAGCUUAGUCCUUGAAGAGCAAGGAUCAUUCAAGACCUAAAGGGCAAGACGAAAACCAUUUCUGAAUGCGCGUGAUCUCUGAUCCCUCAGACAUCACUGUAUUAAAAAACAUCAUUCAUGAAUGGAUAUCAUGAACAUGGGCUUGGGAUUACUUUAGUAAACAUUUGUUAGUCAACACCAUUCGCUGCUGCAUCCACAGAUGCAAGUUAAGACUUUACUAUGCAAAGCAGAAGCCCUACAUCAACACUGUCCAGAAGCGCUGCCGACUUCUCUGGGCUCGGUCUCAUCUUAGAACGAAAGUAGAACAGUGGAACUGUGUUUUUUGGUCCGAUAAGUCCACAUUUCAAAUAUCUUUUGAAAAACACAGCUGUCCUGUUCUCCGGGCCAAAGAGGAAAAGGACCAUCCAAGCUGUUAUCAGGGUCAGGUCCAAAAGCCAGUGUCUAAUUGGGCCAGGGGUGUGUCAGUGCCCAUGGCAUGGGUAACUCGCACAUCUGUGAGAACACCAUGAAUGCAGACAGAUAUGUACAAAUUUUGGAGCAACAUAUAUUGCCAUCCAGCACCGUCCUUUCCAGGGAUGUCCCAGCAUUUUACAGCAGGACAACUUCAAACCACAUACCAACCGAAUAAGCAGAGAGUGCAGGUGAUAGAUUAGCCUGUCUGCAGUCCUGACCAUCUCCAAUUGAGAAUGUGUGGUGCAUUAUAAAGCGCACAAUAUGGCAACGAAGACCCCGUACAAUUGUGCAGCUGAAGACCUGCAUAAUGGAUGAAUGGGGGAAAAUUCCACUUUUUAAACUUAACAAACUUGUGUCUUCAGUGCCUAAAUGCUUAAUAAGUGUUAUUAGAAGAAAUGGUGAUGUUUCACAGUGGUAAACACUUGACUGUCCCAACUUUUUUGGAGCAUGUUGCAAUCAUCUGAUUUGAAAUGACUGUACAUAAAAAAAACUAUGAAAUUCACAAGGUAAAACAUCAUAUAAUGUUUAGUUGUAGUGCUUUCAAUAUAGCAAAGGGUGAAUAUAAUUUAAAAAUCACUCCUUUUUGCUUUUAUUAGCAUUUUUCAUACUGUCCCAACUUUUUCGGAAUUGGGGUUGUAGAAUCCACUUGCAUGUGGGUUAUAUAAUAAAUUCCAUUUCUGUAAUGUGAAUGUAUUUACAGUAUUUAGGGAACUUGCAUCUUAGCUUUGUAAUUAAUUUCUUACAACCACCAACAUAUAGUGCACCCUGAGUAAGUUUGUGUGCCUUUGAGCAUGUAGGAACAAGGUAGGAGUGCAUUAGUGAUGCACGUAGAACAGUGAAUGUAGUCCUAAAAUGAAAGGACUUUUGUCUGCAUUUUCUUUUAUAUCACUUAUAUACAACAUAUUCAAUGAAAUAUGUUUUUUGCUGCAGUAUAUUUUCAUUUAAAAUUAUUGUUUGCUUGAAAUUUAUUUUUUUGUGUCUUUUAAUGAAUAUGAAGUAAAUGUAUUGCAUAGUAUUGCAUAGCACUGCAUAGUAUUUUGAUUGACAAAUUGUUAUUAUGAGCAUGGAAAAAAUUGCUUGUAGGCCAAAGAUAUACAAAAAGACAGUGCUCUCUUUAAUUAUUCAUUUUGUCCCAUUAUGUAAUUGCAUAGCUCAUUAUUUAUUGAGAAUGGGCAUAUAGAUGGAAAAGUCCUGAAUGUACAAUAUGACAGAUGUCACAGCUGUGUACCAGUGUUUCUAGUUCCAAUGUAUUUCUUAAAUUACCAUACUGGUAACACUACUCACUUUCAAACAAAUUAUAUAUGAUUUAUAUAUUUGUGUCAGAUUUCUGCACUAUUAUCUUUGAAAUAUGCUCACCUGAGCCAAAUACCUCCUCCUUGGAUGUGACUUUUAAGCCUAGUUAUGUAAUAGUGGGCUAUGUUGUACUUACUUUUUAUUUUCUAUUUAUUUUUAUGCAUUACUUAAUGUAUUUUCCUCAGUUAUGUUCAUUAUUGCUUAAUUAUAAAUGCUAAUACAAUUGCAUUUUAUUUUCAUCA